GGAAAAGAAGCGAAGAGAACCGAGGCAUACGAAGCAGACGCUCCCUCAGUGGUGUCAGGCAAGAUCCCGAGAAGGCCAUGUUUUCCAAGAUCUUUGGGAGAGGCCGCAAGGCCACAGAUCAGGUCAGGAUGAUGAUAAAGGGCACGCAGCACAUACGAGCAUCAUCACUGAGCCAGACACAGACCGUUUCCCUGCUUCGUGUUGCGACCUGCAGGCCACAGCAGAGGACACCGAGACGAAGGCGUCUGAGGCUGCCGCUGCCGUGCCUCCCACUCCCCCGUCGGUUGCCGAGGCGCAGCCCACCCCCGAGAGCGCUCCUGAUGCGACCGAGAGCGCCCUGCAGCGGGACGAGGGUGACGCGGGCAUCCCUGCGACGUCUCCUGAGACCGAGGAGGCCGGCGCGACCGAUGAGGCUGCUGCACAGCCACAGUCGACCCGUGCGGCCGAGGCUGAGGAGCCGCCCGCAGAGGACAAGCAAGGUGAGGUGGCCACCCCAGCACCACCACCGCCAGCACCAGCAGCAGAGCCACCACCAGCUGCAGCUGCAGCCGUCGAGAAAGCCGCGGAGGAGAAACAGGAAGAGGUGGCAGAGGUGACUGCUACCGUCGAGCAGCCGCCCGCUGAUGAGGGCGAGGCGAAGGAGGAAACGCCCGCUGAGGCCGGGGCCGAGGUCGAGGAGGAGGCGCCGAAGGAGAAAGACAAGGAGGAGGAGGAAGAGGAGGAGGAGGAGCCGGCCCCUGCUGCUGCCGCUGGUGGUGCUGCUGCUGCGAUGCUCGCUGCUGAGGCCGAGGGUGGGACACCCAAGCCGAUGGAGGGGCGUGUGCUGACCGAGGACGAGUUUAAGCGCGGCGAGACCAUGAGAACCAUCGACAACCUCCAGACGGAGAUACAGGUGCGUGCUGUGAUGCGGACCGUCAUGGAAGGGGGGCCCUGAAUGGCUCUGGUUGUGUGUGUGGCUGGGUGCGUGUGUCAGGCGUUGCACACCGAGUUGGAAGAGGAGAACCGUCUGCACGAGCAGCGCAACCAAACCUGCGACCAGCUCAAGACCAUCGUCAAGACACUCAUGGAAAUGCGCAACCAGGUAAGGUACACACACACGCUACACAAGCCACCGACCCACCGGGCCACUCACUCUCUCACUCACUGGUCUUUGUUACCCGCCAUCUGUCUGAAGGUUGACGAGGGCAACAAGGACGUGGCCAUUCCCGACCUCGAUGAGCUCUUCAAGGAUAUCGACCUCACCGUCGGCACCGACACAACCACCAUGACCCACCAGACCGACAGGAGCGCCAUGCACAGGCAGAGACGCAGAAGACCAAACCGCAUGAGGGGCGGCGGCGGCAGUGGUCGGCACGAGAGGGCAGGUGGUGAGGAGGACGAGUACUACGAGGAGGCGGCGCCCGAGGCCGCCCCCCCCGACGAGGAGCCAUCACACGAGGCCAACGGACCUGAGGCAGCAGGCGGCGCAUCGGGCCGAGCCGGCGCCAACCGACAGCGACAGAGAAGACGUAGGAGCGGAAGUAAAGGUACCUACCCACGGCAGCCAACCAACCCUGCAGCACUAUCACCUCACUCAACUGACCGUGUCUGUCUCAUCCUUCCUUUCAUUCUUCUCUCCUAUCAGGUCAGCAGGGUGGCGCCGAGGGUGCUGCUGCGGAGGUCUCCCCGGCGAGCGGCUCUCGCAUCGGCCCCGGCGUCAAGAUCACCCCACAGGGCGCCGCACCAGCCGGCGGUGGUGGCGGCAAGCAGCGAGGAGGCGGGCAGCGCAACGGCCCCCCUUCUGCGCUCUUCUCCCGGGCCAUGGUGCAGGCCAAUGCCAACGCCGAGGCCAGGCAGGGUGGUGGUGGUGGUGGUGGUGGGAGACGGCCGCUGGUGGUCGUGGACGAAGGGGAGGGGGGGAGAGGGGGCCGCAAGGGAAGUGGUGCUGGUGGUGGGGGUGGAGGUGGAGGCAAGGCUGAUGUGCACCCUGAGGCUGAGUCGAUCCGACAGCAGAUGAGGGACGCCACCAACGAGGACGGGCUCAAGGAAGCCAUCAGACGGGUGAGUGCAGUCUAGCGCGACACAGUACUUAGUGAUGAAUGGAUGGAUGAAUGGAUGAAUGGAUGGAUGGCGUGUUGUCUUGUUAUGUGUGUGUAUGUAUGUGUGUGUCGAUCAGGCAAAGGAGCUGAAGCUCGACCAUGAGGUCAAGUUGGCCGAGAGGAAGCUGCAGAAGUUCCAGGAAGGCGGAGCGGGAGGGGGGGCUGCAUCUGCUGCAGGGGAGGCGCCCUGAUGCGCCGUGGAGCAUUCCAUGCAUUAUGUGUGGUGUGUGUACACAUACACAUACAUAACUGAGACAGGUUUUCAAUCCUCGGGUCGGUGGGGGCUGUGAUGCUUGGCUGAUGCCUUAAUUGCUACGUCCUUGUGUGAGGUGUGCGUUUCGUGUUUUCACUCGUCUGCCUCACGUGGAUGGGGGUCAGUCGGCAGCAAUGGAUGAGCAUGCCAUUGACGCCAGCUCGCACCCAGCCGCGUAAGGUGGACGUGUGAAGACUGUCGGGUCACGCCCAGUCCAUCACAAUGGAGACAGUGUGCGCCUCCACUGGUCGUCUCUCCCUCUCCCUCUCCCUCCCUCCCUCCCUCCCUCCUGUUGCUGACUUACUUGCUCUUUGUGUUGAGUGCGCUGUCUGUAUGUGUGUGGGUGUGUGUGUGCGUCAGUGAGCCGAUUUGAAUUCGUGUCAUGUGAUGUGUGUGUGUGUGUAUGUGUGUGGUGUAUGUGAAUGCAUCAUUCGGUCAGACUAGUGAUUUCAAAGCACACACGGUAUUGAUAUAUCUAGUGUCUGCCUUCGGUCGGCCGAGCCAUUGAUUGCUGGGGGAUGAACGGGAGAAUGAAUGAAUGAAUGAAUGGUGUGUGG